UCGCCCUCUCCACACCUCACCUCAGCGCGUCUUUUACAAAUGAAACAAACGGGAAACUGGGAUCAUAUCUCUGUCGCGUGACUCAGUCUGGACUGUGAAACACGGAAAUAAACGUCUACGCUGCGGGGAGCGAGUUAUAAAAUAGGAUUUUGCAGCAGUAUUCGGAGUAUAUCGCAAAAUCUUCCUUCCAUUUCCACGACCCGCGGACCCAACACCUGGACACAUCUGUCAGAGACCCGCUCUGUCUUUAAGGCGCAUCACCGGCAUAAACACGGUUGUCAGUGUCAAUUUUUAACCGUUUCAGUAACAUUUGGAGCGGCACACAUCACCAGCGUGGACACGUCGUGCACUAAAGAGCAAGUAGGAUGGCCGCUGACAACUUUUUAAGGACACUUUGUUGACCUCUUUUAGAAGCAGAGACACAUUUUCAAAUUAAACCCAGCCAGUUUGUAGCCACGAUGGAUUCAGAUAACGACCCGUGCCACAGCAAGCACUACAUCGACCCCACCAAAAGCCCGCUGAUCAGCGCCAUCAUGUUUGCAGCGGGCAUUUUUGGAAACGUUGCAGCCCUGGUGAUACUGGAAAUCCGGAGACGUAGACACACGAGAUCUGGGGACACUUGGCGGCAGUCGUUGUUUCACGUGCUCAUUACAUCGCUGGUGGUCACGGACCUGACUGGGACCUGCCUGGUCAGUCCGCUGGUUCAGCUGUCGUAUUCACGCAACACUACGCUGGUGGGGAUGUCGCCUGAAACUCACAGCGUGUGUGCGUACUUUGGUGUCAGCAUGACUUUCUUUAGCCUGGCCACCAUGUCGCUUCUCCUCUCUACGGCACUUGAGAGGUGUUUUGCCAUCGGGUACCCUUACCUGUACAGCCGCCACGUCACCAAGAAAUGUGCCUACAUCACAAUCCCGUUGGUUUUUUUACUAUGUAUGCUAUUCUGUCUCCUCCCUUUUGCGGGAUUCGGUAAAUAUGUACAAUACUGCCCCGGAACUUGGUGCUUCAUUGACAUGAACCCUGUGGCCAGAGAGGACCGGGUCUACGCCAACCUGUACGCCACUCUUAUGCUAGUGCUGGUGCUGGCCAUAGUGGCGUGCAAUGGGUUUGUGGUGUAUCACCUGUUCAGGAUGUACCAGCGUCGGAGGAGGAACGGCAGCUCGAUGAUGGGGAGCAUGAGAUCCAACAGCGAGCGCAGGACGAUGUCCAUGGCUGAGGAGGUGGAGCAUCUCAUCCUGCUGGUCUUCAUGACCAUCAUCUUCAUCAUCUGCACACUGCCCCUGGUGAUCCGGGUUUACAUCAACUCAAUUGGGAUUCGCAAGGAAUCUCACCGCCUGGACCUGAUUGCCCUGCGUUUCAUCUCUGUUAACUCCAUCAUUGACCCCUGGGUCUUUAUCCUUCUCUCCCCCAGUGUCCUGCACUUUUGUUGGGCCUCAGUUUGCCAUGCCCCCAUUGUAAACUCCAGAGGUUCCUUUUUUAAAUCAUCAAUAGCAAAAGAGAAUUCUCCGGCUCAACUCGAACUGUCUCGCCCCACGGAGUACACCGAGCAUUUUCACUCUGCAGAAACUCUAUGACCAUAACAGUACUCUAUUAAUUCAAAUUUCUAUUUAUUGGACACUGGAUUGGACAGCGUGCUUUGUGAGUCACAUCAUCCCUCCCACGUGGGUGGUGUUUCUUAUCUAUUUUAUGAAUGUGUUUCCGUUAGAUAAUGGCCCUGUCUUUCGAACUGACAAACAUUUUAAUGUUCAAGCUGGUGGCUGCCUCUUGCCAUUUACUGGGUGUUUCUAUUCAAUCCUAGCAUUUCAUCCAAGUGUGUGCAUGCUGAAUGUAUACUGACUUAUCUGCAGCUAUAUAUUGUAAGUGUCAAAGUUCAACAUUUUGUCUCCUUUGCUGCUUAUAUUUCAUGUCAAUUAAUCAAUGAAAUGAGAAAGGCUGCUGGUGGGAACACGAAAAAGAAAAAGUCUUCAUUCAGGUUCUGUGAUGAUCUGGAAAAGACAAAGUGAAAGUGCUUUUGCCCACUUUGUAUUAAGUCAUUGGUGUUUGGUUGGAAACACUUGUGCAAGGAGAUGUGACAUACUAAAGACAUUCAUCGUUCAAGGAAAGAGGUAACCAAUGACUUAAAGCCUUCUCUGAUUCAAAUGCUGCUUUACAAACAGUUGUUACUGGGCCUUGGCACGGGAAGCCCAGUGCAAUAUUACAUGCAGGCAUGAACCACUAACAUUAGAUGAAUGCUUCACUUGCAAAAGGACCGUUUGAAUAUCAAUAACUUACCUUUGGUUACCUAAAUUUUGUGAUGGAAACUUUGUUUUUCUUGUAAGCCUACAGGAUGAAAGAAGAAUCCAAAAAAGGUAAAUAUUCCUUGUCAAUUGUAGUAAACAGGGUCCACAUAUAACAACAGUAAACUAUAUCAGAAACAUCUGUUUACAGACUCUCAGUUUAUGCAGCAGACUCACAUAUUUCAUACUCAGUACUCAGUACACUCAGUAAGUGUAUGAGACUGUUUGGACUGAAGUGUUUUAAACUGUAAAGUUUUAGUAAAAAUGCAAUGCAUGUAAUUGGGAAGUACUGAACAUAUGGCUGGAUACAUGAGACUUAGAUUAUACUGCACGAGUUAUGUAAGAGUUCGUAAAUGAACCUUUUGAUAUAGCUGUGCUGUUGUUAAACGUGGUCCUCUAUGGCUUCAAUUCAUAAAAAAAAAUGUUUGCCUUUUUUGGAUUCUUCCUUUAUGUUUCUUUACAAAUUCAAGUUCACACAUAUUGAGUAACUGAUAUACAAAUGCUGAUUUUGGGGGUGAAGCAUCCCUUGAACUUGAAAAUUGUAUUGAGCCAAAACAAAAUCCUGCACAAAGUCUGUAUCAAGUGAUGGAAAUAAAAACUAGGAUAAACUUAACGGCACGCCUACAAAAAAAGUAAAAGCGCAUUCAGAUGAGUUGGGAUCAUAACACUCAUAUGAGAAGAUAGUUUGUUAGGAUUCAUGUUUGUUGUAAAAAUCUGAGGCCACAGAUUACUUGAAGGGCCUUUUAUUGCAACAGGAAAGUCUGUCAGAAGCAAACCUAGAUAAAAUCUAGACAUGAGGCAUGUCCAUACAAGUGUAAAUAAGAUCUCAAAUAUUUGACACAAAAUAUUAUGGGCGUGACUUUCUCUUUUAAACACUUCAUCUUGAGAACAUUAUCCUAUCCCCUCUGAGCUUCUUAACCGCUAACUUUAACUUAUCGUCUGCUUUGGUAACCUUUCCCGUCACCCUAGUACCAGAUUCCUGCUGGAGAGGUCAAAGGGCAUCAAGCCUGAAGAGACUUUUUGGGUGAAUUAGUCAAAACUUCACUCAGGGAGUGAGUGGGAGAGAAUGAUGCACACAGAAAAGGCUGUGUUGAUUCUAUAAAUUUAUUUGUACAUUAUGUAGCAUACAAUAUAAUAUAAUAUAUUUUAACGGUAUUUUGUAAAACAUUCUUCACAUGAGACUGCAGUUUACUUUUGACUUGAAAACUUCUGCCUCUUCUAUAAUUAAGUAACAAUAGAGAGUAAAUAUUCUGGCAUAACUGGCUGUAAUUGUAAUGCUUAUUGAAAAUGAAUGGCAGCACACAAUUGUAGCAAAUGAUGGUACUUUUUAAAGAGCAAACUACCUCCUUCAAUGACAAAGUGACACACUUGUGUCUCGUGUCAAAAGACUUUAAAGAUCAGGUUCCUGAUAAGUUAAUAAUUACUAAUUUGAGGUUGUUCUUUCUGUUCUACAUAAAUCUGUUUUGGAGCUGAAAUUAAAGGUGCCUCAUUUUUUUUUUUUUUUUAAUCAAAACAAAGUGUUAUAUAAAUUUAGUAUUACUAAUUGGAAUAACCUAAAUCCACUGGCAGUAAUGUGUAUCACCUUACAAGUGCUCAUGCAUAUGCUUCCAUGUGUAGGAGCCAAAAAAUAGAAACCCAUUGCAACAAGAGCCACUAAAUACCUUGACUACUGUAGAGUCAUAUGUCCCGGGAUUGAAUGCUGAUUGUAACCUUCCCCACUGAAUAUAAAAGUCAGAUGUUAGCUUGUGUUGGUGUUUUGUUUUGUUUUUUUUUAAAUCCAGUGGGAAAGAAGCUUUAGAAACAAUUCCCCUUAGUGGUCAAAAACUCUACAGGUUACCUUUAACUGCUUGAUUGGAGUUUUUAAAAAAAAUACACGCCUCAGUCAUCUAAUAAACUACUUAUGUCAUAACUAAAUGCAGCACUGUUUAUAUAGUACUCAGUAAUUAUAAACAUGGAGUAUUAAGCCUGUAUGUUGAUAUGAAUUGCUACCCUUUAAAAAGUACCAUUUACUGUUUUCAAUUAGUGUCAUAAAUCAGUUCUCAGUCAUUAGAUACGUCAUUUUGGGAAAGAGCUCUUGCUUUGUUUUCUCCUGGCAGGUACUUAGUUCUGUCACAUUGCCUAAAAGUUAUUUGGAAACUAUGAAAAGAGCUCCCUUUAUUUUUAUCCAUCGACUUUCCGACUAAAGUGCCAUUUUAAUUGCAUUCGUUUUGCAAGGGAACAUCUUGAAAUGUUAUUGUUGGUCGAUGAGUUUCUUUCCAGAUGAGCACCAUUCAUAUGAGACAAAGUACGUUCACUUAAAUUGCUGCUAAUGGCCCAGAAAACGUCCUGAUUUUAGUCUCUGAUUAUAUCCUUGUGCUGAUUGUUCAAACGCAAUCAACUGCCAACUAAAAUAAACCAAGAAAAAACGCUGGUUUACUUUCACACCCAACGAUUGUAACACUUCAUUAUUUUACAGUGAUGUCACUUUUAACAGACUUGCUGAAAAUAGGCAGGUCGUUUUCUCCACUUUUUUUUUUUGAGUACAAGUCCCACAUGGUGGACUCAUACUGUGUUAAGUGUUACUGUUACAGCAUCUCUUCUGUUAAGAUGGAUCAAAUUGAAACAGGGCUCAAGUGUCAAGUAAAUAAGCUACUACAGAUUUUUGUGGGAUCUCCGGUUAUAAAUCUCUCCAACUAGGAAAACAUUUGAAGUGGACUGACUGGCGUUAUGCAACAGCAGGGGUCCGCUUCAGAUUAAAAGUCCUUGUGUGUAAAUAUGUGAGAAAACCAGAAGAAGUUCUUAACCAUCUGUCAUUUUGGACGAUGCCAGAAAGUUUGUGAGCAUCAGGUUAACAUUGAGGCUGUAAGCCUUUAUUUGAAAGUGUGUGUGUGUGUGUGUGUGUGUGUGUGUGUGUGUGUGUGUGUGUGUGUGUGUGUGUGAGAGCAGUGAUGAUCCCAUUUGGCUCUUGUGUUGUGAGAACAGCAGUUUAUUGCCUGUGUUGGUCUGUUGUUGGUUCUGAAGUCAGCAUCAAAACGUUCAGUGUUUACGACAGUGUGUUACUGCUUCCUGUGGGUGCGAUGUGUGAGUUUUGCUUCUGUGUGUGCGCUAGUGCUUUUUCCAGUUAUGUCUAUGUGUGUGUACGUUUAUUUUUUGCAAAAGUUCCCACAGACAUGCUUGUGUGUCCAUGUGCCUACAAUAGGUGUAAGACUGUGUGUAUGUGCAAGCUAGAGUGUGUGUAUGUGUGUGUGACAGACAGCACUGAAAUGUAACGAUGUCAGAAUGCUACCUACCUGGAUGUCUUAUACUCUGUAAUUAUAAAGUACUGUAGAUGAAACUGAAUGCACUGAGUGUGUAUGUGUGUGUUUUAUGGCUUGUGUAAAUAAACAUCUCAUCAAUCACA